GCACAUAUUACGUCACGUCGCCAGGGCGACCAGGCUCCCGGUGGCACGUGUCCUGUAUAAAAACGGAAGGCGGCAGUGCCGUUUGCGCACACAGACACAAGAAGCAUCAGCCGUGAGGUGACUCAAUCCCCAUCAGUCAGCAGCAACCAUGUCAGACCUCUGUGUUGGAAUCAACGGCUUCGGUCGUAUUGGCCGUCUGGUCUUGAGGGCUUGCCUCGAGAAAGGCAUCAAGGUUGUGGCCAUCAAUGACCCCUUCAUUGACCUGGAGUACAUGGUCUACAUGUUCAAGUAUGACUCCACCCACAAGCGUUACCAUGGUGAGGUCUCCCACAAGGACGGCAAGCUCCUUGUCGACGGCAACUCCAUCUCUGUCUUCCAGUGUAUGAAGCCAUCAGAAAUCCCCUGGGGUGACAGUGGAGCUAUGUACGUCGUUGAGUCCACUGGAGUCUUCCUCAGUGUGGAGAAGGCCUCUGCUCACAUCCAGGGCGGGGCUAAGCGUGUGGUCGUCUCCGCCCCCUCACCUGAUGCGCCAAUGUUUGUCAUGGGAGUGAACGAGGACAAAUACGACCCCUCCUCCAUGACCAUCGUCAGUAAUGCCUCCUGCACCACCAACUGCCUGGCACCCCUGGCCAAAGUCAUCCAUGACAACUUUGGCAUUGAAGAGGCUCUUAUGACCACAGUCCAUGCAUACACAGCCACUCAGAAGACAGUGGAUGGUCCCAGUGCCAAGGCCUGGCGUGACGGCCGUGGCGCUCACCAGAACAUCAUUCCAGCCUCCACUGGCGCUGCCAAGGCAGUGGGCAAGGUCAUCCCCGAACUCAACGGCAAGCUGACAGGCAUGGCGUUCAGGGUGCCCGUGGCUGAUGUGUCAGUGGUGGACCUGACAUGCCGUCUGUCCCGGCCCGCAUCCUACGCUCAGAUUAAGGAAGCUGUAAAGAAGGCCGCACAUGGCCCCAUGCAGGGAGUGCUGGGCUACACCGAGGACCAGGUGGUAUCCUCUGACUUCAUCGGUGACACCCACUCCUCCAUCUUUGAUGCUGGCGCCGGCAUCUCCCUCAAUGACAACUUCGUCAAGCUCAUUUCCUGGUAUGAUAACGAGUUUGGCUACAGCCAUCGCGUUGCUGACCUGCUGAUGUACAUGCACACCAAGGAGUAGGCACUUCCUGUCCAGAAAGGAAGUCAAGAAAGGGACCACCCCAGUCAACCUCCCACCCCCUUCACUUCUCUUUUACACACAAACCCCACUCAUAGUCAAGUCAUAGCAUCACUACCCCCUAGCACUACUAUAUGUAGGCAGCAGCAACCGUGUGUUUGAGUGUUCUGAUUUUAUCUGUUAUUUUCCUUUAAUGGCGAGACGUUUGGUCGGUGACAGUAUUUGUUGUGUCCCUGUGCCCCCCCUCCACCUCCUACUGCCACUUUAGAUGUGUCUUUAUGGCCCAGUGCUAUGGUAACUACUGUAUCCAUCUCCCUAUUGGUGUGUUUUAAAGGCUUAAUAACCGUGGAAGGAGGAAGCUGAGAGGCAGAGCUACUGUAACUCCGCUUAAGAGUAAUGACAGAAAAAAAAUAAACCUUGAAAAAAAAAAGCUGU